AUGCCUGGACGCGAAGUUUCCCUCGUCGCAGACAACCUCAGAGUCCUGGGCCAGGACCCGCUCAUCCCUCCCGGUCUGCUGAUCUCUGAGAUCCCCAUCACGGAGUCGGCGCUCCAGACAGUCGUCAAGGGCCGCCGCGAUGCCGUCAACAUCAUCAUGGGCCGCAACGACCGGCUGCUUGUCAUUGUCGGCCCUUGCUCGAUCCACGACCCCGCCACGGCCAUCGAGUACGCCACCCGGUUGCGCGAGCUGUCCAAGAAGCUGGAGAACGACCUGGUGAUCAUCAUGCGGGCUUACCUGGAGAAGCCACGCACGACGGUCGGCUGGAAGGGCCUGAUCAACGACCCGGACAUCGACUCGACCUUCAAGAUCAACAAGGGUCUGCGCGUGUCCCGCCAGCUCUUCUGCGACCUGACCGGCACUGGUGGCAUGCCCAUUGCCAGCGAGAUGCUCGAUACCAUCUCGCCCCAGUUCCUGGCCGACUUCAUCUCCGUCGGCGCCAUUGGUGCCCGCACCACCGAGAGCCAGUUGCACCGAGAGCUGGCCUCCGGCCUGUCCUUCCCCGUCGGCUUCAAGAACGGCACUGACGGCAACUUGGGCGUCGCCAUUGACGCCAUUGGCGCUGCUGCUUCGCGCCACCACUUUAUGGGCGUCACCAAGCAGGGCCUUGCUGCUAUCACCCGCACUGCCGGCAACGAGCACGGCUUCGUCAUCCUGCGCGGCGGCACCCACGGCCCCAACUACUCCAAGGAGCACAUCCAGGCUGCCAAGGAGACCCUGUCCAAGAAGGGCCAGAAGAUGGCCAUCAUGGUCGACUGCUCGCACGGAAACUCGAGCAAGGACCACCGCAACCAGCCCAAGGUUGCCAAGUGUGUUGCCGACCAGCUCCGCGAGGGCGAGAAGGCUCUGAUUGGCGUUAUGAUUGAGUCCAACAUCAACGAGGGCAGCCAGAAGGUGCCGGCUGAGGGCCCGUCGGCCUUGAAGAAGGGCGUCAGCAUCACCGACGCCUGCAUCAAUUGGGAGGACACCGUGACUGUGCUCGAGGACCUGGCGUCUGCCGUACGUGAGCGAAGAAAGGUGCUGGCAGGCACCGCCACCGGCGUCGUGGACGACCCGAAGACGACUCUUCUGGAGGAGGAGUAA